AUGCCGCAAGGUAUUCUAGCGAUGUCAGAAGAUCAAAAAGCAAUGAUACAUGCACAUUUUGAAAAAGUUGGUGCUGAAUGUAUUAAAGAUAACAUGAUUUCUACGGAUGAUAUUAACAACUUGAGAGCUAAGAAAUUGCCCACCGGUGAAAAUGCGCCAUGUUUCCUCGCCUGUGUUUUGAAGAAAACUGGCACAAUGGACGACAAAGGCAUGCUUCAAAAGGAAACUGCUCUGGAAAUGGCGAAAACAGUGUUCAAUGAUGAGGAAGAACUGAAACUUAUCGCUGAUUAUCUUCACUCCUGCUCACAUAUCAACAGCGAAUCGGUCAGUGAUGGCGAGAAAGGCUGCGAACGCGCUAUGCUAUCCUACAAGUGUAUGGUGGAAAAUGCUUCUAAGUUUGGCUUGGAACUAUAA